UCUUCGAGAAUCGCGAAUGAAUAAAGUUUUGAAAUAUGACGUUUGUGUCAAGAUGGCGGCGCCCCUUUCCACGAUGAAAUUCUGGAAACCCGGAUCAGAAGGCCCUGGGGUUUCAGAAGAGCGAGAGCUCACAACAGAGACUACUGGCUCCCCCGUUAUAUAUAACCCCUUCACCGCUCUGUCCAUUGAAAAACAGCGGCAGAAACUUCCAGUCUUCAAGCACAGAAAUCAUAUCCUUUACCUGGUGGAGAGCUACCAGACUGUUGUGAUUGUAGGAGAGACAGGCUGUGGGAAGAGCACUCAAAUCCCCCAGUACCUGCUGGAGGCUGGAUGGGCAGCGGAGGGCAAGGUUAUUGGGGUGACCCAGCCUCGAAGGGUGGCAGCCAUUUCAGUUGCUAAUCGCGUGGCAGAAGAACGCGGUGCCCUGCUGGGCCAUGAGGUUGGCUACACCAUUCGUUUCGAUGACUGCUCUGACCCCCAUGCCACCCGUAUCAAGUUCCUAACAGAUGGCAUGCUGGUGCGAGAAAUGAUGGCUGACCCGCUGUUGAAGAAAUAUAGUGUCCUGAUGCUGGACGAGGCCCACGAGAGGACUCUGUAUACAGACAUCGCCAUUGGGCUGCUGAAGAAGAUUCAGAAAAAGCGGAGGGACCUUCGUCUGAUAGUGGCCUCUGCCACUCUGGAUGCCAAGAAAUUUCAAGAGUUCUUCAACCUGAAUGAAUCUGGAGACCCCAGCAAGGACACCUGUGGUAUUCUGACUGUGGAAGGCCGCACAUUCCCUGUGGAUGUCUUUUACACAGUCAGCCCUGUUCCAGACUAUGUGAAGGCCACCGUGGAGACUGUGCUGAAGAUCCAUGAGACAGAGGAUGAUGGUGAUGUGUUGGCCUUUCUCACUGGACAGGAUGAAGUGGAGAAGGUGGCCAGCUUGCUUGUGGAGCAGGCUCGGGCUCUCUCCCGGUUUGGGAUGAAGAAGCACCUUCGUGUUCUUCCCAUGUACGCUGGUCUGCCCUACGCUGAACAGAUGAAGGUUUUUGACAGGGCACCCCCUACUGUGCGAAAGGUGAUUGUUGCCACCAACAUUGCCGAGACCUCCAUCACCAUCAAUGGAAUUGUGUUUGUUAUUGACUGUGCCUUUGUCAAGCUACGAGCCUAUAAUCCCAGAACAGCGAUUGAGUCUCUAGUGGUCACCCCCAUCUCUAAGGCCUCGGCCGGCCAGAGGGCAGGCCGAGGGGGUCGUAACCGCUCCGGGAAGUGUUUCCGCCUGUAUACAGAGGAGGACUUUGAAAAGCUGCCCCCUGCCACAGUCCCAGAGAUGCAGAGGACAAACCUUGCUCCGGUCAUCCUACAGCUGAAGGCCCUGGGAAUAGACAAUGUGCUUCGAUUUAACUUCCUCUCCCCUCCACCUGCCCAGUCCAUGGUCCAAGCUCUGGAGCUGCUUUAUGCCCUGGGUGGUUUGGAUCAGUAUGGGCGUCUGACCGACCCCAUGGGAGUGCGCAUGGCUGAGUUCCCUCUCAGCCCCAUGUUUGCCAAGAUGCUGCUGGAGUCUGGGAAUUUUGGCUGCUCCAAGGAGAUCGCCACUAUUGCAGCCAUGAUGCAGAUCCAGAAUAUCUUCAUGGUGCCGCCCAACCAGAAGAAGGCAGCUGCUAAGGAGCACCGAAAGUUUGCCGUGGCUGAAGGGGACCAUCUCACGAUGCUCAAUGUGUAUGAAGCUUUCAUCAAGCACCAGAAGAGCUCCCAGUGGUGCCAGGAGCACUUCCUCAAUUACAAGGGGCUCCUGCGUGCGGUGUCAGUGAGGGAGCAACUCCGUCGUCUUAUGAACAAGUUCAAGGUGCCCCGCACUUCCAGCGAAGGGGACCCCGAUGUGAUCCUCCGCUGCAUCGUCUCUGGGUUCUUCGCCAACGCGGCCCGGAUGCACCAUUCAGGCUCAUAUAGGACUCUUCGAGAUGACCGAGAGCUGCACAUCCAUCCUAACUCAGUCCUGUUUGGUGAGAAGCCCCCAAAAUGGGUGGUGUUUAAUGAAGUGGUCCAAACCUCCCAGUACUUUAUGCGUGAUGUGACUGCAGUGGAGUCAUCCUGGCUGGUAGAGCUGGCACCACACUUCUACAAGCAAGCCAAGCAUGGAUCGCUGAGCAGCAAGAGGUCCAAAGUCAUCUGAGCCAGAGGUCCUGUCCCACUGUCCCUUACACAGCCUCCUGCCAUGGACCGUACCUGCGGGAGCUGGGAUGGUCAUAGCUUUCGCCAGAAGCGCUUGCAUACGCAAGUGAAUGAGAGGUAGAAACGAGUGGUGUAGGGGGAGUGGGACAUGCGAACCAAAGAGGAGCACCAACACUGUGUCCACCAGUCAUGUACAUAGGGAUGUAUUAUAUUUUUAUUUUCUCACUUUCUCUCACAUCUGUACAUAGAAACGGAAGCUUGAGUCUGGCUGACACCCAUGGCCGUCUGUUAGCCAGAUGCAGGUGGAAUUUAUUUUUUUAUCCUUUUAAGUUACGGCAUGACGCGGAACAGUUUAAGAGGGAAUAUGACAAUAUGACAUGUUUGACAGACCCAGGGGUUAUUUUAGAAAGAGAAUCCAAGCUUUGUGCUCUCAGAUUUGGUAAUGGCCGUACUAAGCUUUCCACCCAGGAGUGAGAAUCUAGGAUUUAUGGCUUUAUCUCUAAGGAUACAGUAUAGAAAAAGCCAGGUGUACAUCUUAGCAAAGCUUGAACUGAUUGAAUGGUUUUAUGCUCCACUCACUUUCAGAAAGCUCAAUUGUUUUAUGACUGUUCUCCUGUGAAGUUCUCAGUUCAUUUUCCCAAGCUUGGAUUUAUUGGGCUUGUAUUAUUUUGUGCCAAAUCAAGCUGUAACGGGCAUUUAAUAUGUGAAAUGUGCAAGUGCCAAAAGUUGUCACAUGGAGAUGAAAAGUGUGUUUUUGUUUUUGCUAAUUUUGGCAAAUGAUGUACAACUUCAUUCAGGUCCAUGUUAAACCAGAAGUAAUUGCCAAUCUAAAAUUAAAGUAAUCAUUUUUGUCUUAACUGCAGUAGAAUCUAACCUGAUUUAGGCCAUGAGUGCACAUACAGUGCAGAACCCUCAAAGGGGAAACACUAAAAUCUGUAUUUCAUUUUCAUUCUCUGUACCUAUCCUGUUUUUCUGGAUGGCCACCUAUCACCAUAACCUGCUGAAAAAAGCUUUCAGGAAGACUUAUGCCCUUAGUACCAAGUUUCUGAGAGUGAGAUAAAAAAGAUUUUCAAGUAAUUUUACUCCACUGAAACCUGCUUUCAUUUCAGUAAGGUUACCUGUAUAACUUUAUUGGCAAAUGUCUGCAUGGUUCUAUCAAUUGGUGUCUUUUAUUAGGCUAGGUUUCACUGUUGCUGACCACCACAGAAGUACUAUGGUUAUGUGCAAACACACAAGUAAAUAUACAAUUGAAUAUUCUUGCAUGUUAAAUACUCAAAAUACACCUGAUGAUCACCUCUAGUCUUACAUUUAAGUAGUUGACUGCGAGAAGAUGUUCUCCUCCUAUCUACAUAAACCUGUACUCAGCCUGACUGUAGUCUAAGCUCUGAAGUUUCCCAUUGGUUAGACGCAUCUCCCAAGGUCUGUCCAGGACAUUUCAAAAUAAAACCAGAAGAUCAUGAAUUCAA